CCUGGUUCCAGCUGCCUAGCUACCACCUGAACAGUAUUCCUAGAUCCUCACCUUGGAAAGGAGUAGAUUUUCUCUGGGUGCCAUGAAGGCACUAGUAGCUUUCAUACUGCUUGUGCAGCUCCCAGUUCACAGAGCUGUACCUGCAGCUCCCCCGCCUCCCUUGGGCUGCGAUGACCCAGAAUCUGAAGCAGCAGCUGAAUUUGCUGUGAAUUACAUUAAUGGCCACAGUCAUCACGGAUACAAGUUUGCCUUAAACAGAAUUGAGCAAGUCCGUGUGCUGCAUCAGGGGCCAAAUAAUGAGAUUAUGUUCCUUGAACUUGACUUAUUAGAGACCAAAUGUCACAUUCUUAAUCCUACACCUCUUGCAAAUUGCUCAGUAAGGACAUUUGAAGAACAUGCAGUUGAGGGUGACUGUGAUGUUAAACUGCAGAAACUGAAUGGACAGUUUUCAGUACUUGCUAGUAAAUGCCACUCAAAUGCAGACUCAGCUGAAGAUAUUCGUGAGGUCUGCCCAGACUGUCCACUCCUGGCAAAUCUAAAUGACACUGACGUGUUAACAACUGUUUCCAAUGCCCUCAAUGACUACAACAGCAAAAAUCCCGACACCUACCUCAGGCUCCUUGAGAUCGGAAGAGCAGUAAAACAGUAUCACCCAGUGCGGAUGGUCAAUGUCGAGUUUGCCGUGGCUGCCACAAACUGCACAUCACAACAGGCUAAAGAUAAUCUGGAGGCUUGUCAACUGCUUCCUGAGGAUCAGUCUAUUUUUGGUUUCUGCACAGCAACAACGGUAACAGAACCCUCACAGGACUUAACAGCAGAAUGCCAGCUGUACGGACAUCAGCCUGGAGUUAUCUACCCUCACUCAGGUCAAGAUACAUCAGCAGGACUGGUACCCAGUGCUGGACAAGGCUUCAUUAACCAUAACCUCAACAUUUCCCACAAUAACCCUGUUGCAUCUGAAUCCAGCUCUUCAGAAUUUCCUUCCCUGGUAUCAGCAAAAUCUGUAGCAAAGAGAGCAGCUGCAGUGGUUGCUCAACAUGAUAAAGUACCUCAUCCAGUUGGCUUUGUGGCUCCUCCUCCACCAUGCCCUGGUAAGUUUCGCCAUUUCAAGAUCUAGGCUGUGUCACAGACAUGGCAAGACGGCUAACUGAAGGAUCAGCAUGCAGCAGCAGCAUCAACGCACACAGAACAACAUCAGGUGCAGACAGCUGAGAACACCUGACUCUUAGUCCAACUGACUUUCACCCUGCAGAGAACACAGCUGUGGCCAGGAUCUUGCAAAGUUCUGCUUCAAAAUAUAGGAGAUUUCAAUAUACAGCAGUCGUUUUCUCUAAGAACAGGAAUGCUCUAGUUAAAACACAGCAAAAAUUGUUCCAAUGAAGCUGCUGUACAAGCUAUACAACACUUGUGGUAGAAACACCAUCUAAAAGACUACUUCACAAUAAAAUGUUCAACAGAAAUGCUUUGGUA